AUGGUGGAAAUGGCGUUGGCCUUUGAGAAGGCGAAACCACCGAAGAGCACUGGUGAUGAUGACUUUACCACUGCCCAGCUCCUGUUCACAACAGAGAUAGCGAAGAGCUUUAUCGAGUUUAACAGAGACAACAAAUCAAGGACCAUCCUGGAGAUGACUAAUCUGGUGAAUUCUGAUACUCGCACGACAUUUCACACCUUUGAGUCGCAGGCAUUUGCUAACUGGAUAUGUUCCCAUCUCCCGAAAGCUGCGAGUUUCCGUGUUGAUGAUUUGGAGUUUCUUGACUCAUACAACUGCCUCCAUCGUGCCAUGUCAAAGUCCGAGAGUGUGAUGAAGAACAGACUGCCUGGUAUCCAGAAGGAGUUCUUACCUCUUGAUUUUAGGAAGGCUAUUGGUGAUGCUAACGAUUUCGGUAGGUUAUGUUAUUGUGUUUUUUUACUAUAG